AUGGCUGAACAUCCUUCCUUUACUCUCGCUGGUCUUUUGCCUGUAGGGGGUGUUGCUGGAUAUAUGCGGACGGGCUCAGCACCUUCUUUGAUCGCAGGUGUUGGUCUAGGCAUUUCCUAUGCGUUUUCAGGCUAUCUGAUUAAACAAAAUAAGGACUAUGGUACCGAGCUUGCCUUGGGAAACAGUCUUGUCCUGCUUGGCGCUGGAAUCUCCAGGACCAUCAAGACCCGGGCGAAGUCACCUAUACCUAUGGCACUUGGAGCCACUGGGCUAUUGGCGUCAUACUACUACCAGAAGAAGGUCCGAGAAUUUAGGUACGGAGUCUAA